AUGGAUCGCACACAAAUUCUUCUCGUUGGUUUACCAAUCUUCCUUUUCUUCUCUGACAUUAUCAACCUUUUCUCUUCUUCACCGCCUCCCAAACCAUCUCAUCACAAUCACAAUCACCCUAUUCCUCAACCUCAACAACCGCAAUUUCAACAACCACUUGAUUUUCCCUCACAGAAACCGAGUGAAUUUGGUCCAAUCGGUGUUGGUAACACUGUGAGCAUUGAUUUCUGCACUUCAUGUUCUUACAAGGGAACUGCAGUAACAGUAAAAAACAUGCUGGAAUCUUUAUUUCCUGGGAUUAAUGUUGUCUUGGCUAACUAUCCACCUCCACUUCCGAAGCGUGUUAUUAGCAAAGUAAUUCCAGUGUUACAAACUGGAAUUAUUAUAGCUAUAACUGCAGGUGACCAAAUAUUCCCGAGAUUGGGGGUGACACCACCACAACUGUACUAUUCCUUGCGUGCCAAUAAGUUUAGAAGUAUUGCCAGCAUUUGGCUUCUUGCAAAUUUUGUUCAAUCCUUCUUGCAGAGUUCUGGUGCUUUUGAAGUAUAUUGCAAUGGCGAAUUGGUUUUCUCCAAGUUGAAGGAGAAUAGAUUCCCCGGCGAGUUUGAGUUGAAGGAACUUAUUGGUAAAAGAAUCGGUAAUACACACAUCUUUUGA